AAUCCAUCCAAACAUAAUACUUUGUACAAACACCACAUAACAAAUAACAUGCAUUGCGACCAGGGGCGGAGCUAGAGCAGGCCAAGGUGGGUCGGUUGCACCAUCUUGGUUUUGCAACACCUGGGCAAGUAAUAGGCUUUUCAGUUCUGCAGACUUUGGUUUCUGUUCAUAAUUCAUACUCUGUUCUGGGUCGAAGCUUGUAUAAGUAGCUGCUUUGAUCGAAUAACAUAAAAAGGAAGCUUGCUUUUGUGUUUGAUCAAUACGUCAACGUUUUAAAAUUACUUUAAUUGACGUGAAAGUGGGCUUACAUGUUACAUAUCACUUUAAGUCUUUAACCCUUAUUUUUCGUUGAGCUUGCUAAAAAAAACAAGUUUCUCUCAGGUUUGUUGGCUUAAGUUUAACUUUAGUGGCCCAUUAGCUUCUCUUUACUACACGUUUUUUACAAUAACUCAAUUAAGGUUAGCUUAGUAGUUAGAUCACAUAUGAAGUUGUGGACAUGGGCUAUUAGUGCAUAGGCAACAAUUUGUAGUACGUAGGUUAGUAAGUUAAUUGGGACUUGGGAGUCUGUCUCUUGGAUGUUGCUGAUUUGGGUAGGUUUACUAGAACGGUUUGGCGGUUGUUAGGUUUAAACAUUAGGUUUUUCUAAUUAUAUAAGAUGUAUGUUCCGCGUUAGUUCGAAAUUAAUCAAUCAAAUAAUAAACAAAAGUUUUUUUGACGGAAUUAAUAAAUCAAAUAAUAAACAAAAGGUUUUUCGACGUCUACAUCGUCUCUUACUUGUCAGUUACAGGCAAAAUCAUUGAACUUGUGGGUGCGAGUUCAUCAAAAGAAAGAUUGUUAAACUCAUUUGGCAAGCUGAGGUCAAGAUUAAACUUUCAUUAAUUUGUUUUGUUCAACAAUACCCAACAUAUGAGUCAAUGACGUCGCUUGCUGUUCAUCGUUCACAGAGACUCGCUCCACUGUUCGACCCACCUUAGUGAAAUUCCUUGCUACGCCCCUGAUUGCGACAUGUGGUAUUUGUGUGAUAAGUGAUCUCAACUCAAAUAACAAGUUUGACAAAUACCAUACCCAAAUGUCCCAUUAAUGAUCUAGCUUUAUAUGUCUCCCAAAUACGGUUGAGGCUAAUAUGUGAUAAAUGGUAAAACCAUGCAUGUUUGAUUGGUUGAUUCAAUUGUUAAAUUGUGUUUUUAUGCCUAUAAAGUAUAACUAGGAACAAUUAAUUUUAGAAUGACGUUAGUUGUCAUUAUCAUUGUAUUUUAAUGAUCAUUUUUACUUUUGGUAAAAUAGACAAAAAGAAAUGCACAAGCAAAUUACAUAUGCAGAGACAAAGUACAGAAAUGCACAGGGAAAAUAUAGAAAUAGAACAGACCAAAAAAUAGGCCCAAACCAAUUUGGUUUGAACGGAUUUCAUUAGCCAUCCGACAAGAAGAAAUCAGCUGCCUUCUUCCGUUGUGGGCCAAAUAAAUCGAAAGGGCCUGGUUUGUCUUUGACCCAUGGGGAUACGGUCAUAAAAAGAUGGGCUGUUUAAUUCCUUACAAUGGCCAGAUUACCUCAGUCCUCAAGUAAUAUAUUGGGCUGCCCAUACAAUUGGGAGCAGCAAUUAAUUAGCAGGAGAGCGGCCUAACCUAUUUUAUUUUAUAUAUGUUUUGGGCGUCUAAUACUAAUUGAUCAAAUUAGUUAGAAACUUACCUUUAUCUCAUAUUUUAACUAUAGUAAAAUUAAAAAUAUGCGAGAAUCUCAUUUUCUCGAAUAAUUUAAUUAUAUUGAUUGUAUUCUAAUUUAUUUUCUUGAUUUUUAAUAAAAAAAUGAGCAUUUCUAAUGUUUUUCGUUAAAUUACAUAGUCAUAUAUGUCUACCUGCUCCAACACGCGCCACAUGAUAAAUUACGCGACCAAAACUGAACCAGUCAUGGGACGGAUAUGGAUAUGGAUGACACUUUAAGCCCGCCCCGUCGGGUAUACCCGACCUGACCCGCGAUAUGGCAGGUAUUACCCAACUGGGAGUAGCAUGAGACAGGACAUGAGUAUCUACUUUUGUCCCGUCCUGCCCGCCCCGCCCCGCCCCGUUCUUGGCCCAUUCUAUCUCAAUUCUUAUAAUACCUAUUCAUAUUUCUCCUAUUUUGGUUUUUCUUCAACUAGUUAGACUUGAUCUUUCAACUAAUUAGACUCAAAUACUCAUUCUAUUAUCACUAGUUUUCAUCACGAACUUUUUUUAGAUGAAUCUCAUGUGGCUGAUAAACAUAAUAUUGAAGUAGUGUAUAGAACUAUCAGAGAGAUUUUGCAGGUGAAACAUCCAAAUAUUGUGUUUGAUGGUGAUUUUUUAUAAACAUUAACGGUAAUUACUAGGGGAACUUGAAUAAAUAUUGUAAAUUCUUCUAUCAAAAGGUCGUGUUUUGUAGUCCAUGUUCAAAGUUUUGCAACUCUCUCAAAAUAUGUGAUUGAAGAAUUCUGUAACACCCAUCCAUAAUUGAAACCAUUUUACAAAACCAUAUUGAUUAAAACCUUUCACAAUCCCGUUUAGUUUACAUCCCAAAUCAUAAUUUACAACUUUCAAGACUUUAGAAACAAAUGACAAUAGAGGAGAUCAUCUUCUCUCAAUCUGUAUAAAACAAGUCAUGUAGGAGUCCGAGUCCACCAUCCCACCUCAUGGAUGUCGAACUGAGCCUUGUUGAGUUCCCUUGACUUCUAGUCCUAAACUUUCAAUCUGUGGAAAAUUUUGAUGGGGUGAAACGUCACCUCAAUGAGUAAAAGCUAACCUAUCAACAAUAUCAACACAAACAUAAUAUCCGAUUAAGUCCAACCCCGUAUUUAACCUCUUAUUUCCAUAGAUAAUCAUUUCCAUUAAUCAUAUUCCCAAAGCAUUCCACAUAUGGAACCAUCUCUAAUUCAAUAAUCAAUUAUGCACACACAUGACACACUCGUACACAUACAAAUACACACAUUGGGGUUAGCUAGAUUUCGUGUCUUUUAGCCUUUAAGUUGCCAAGUCAUAUACUUCCCUGGGUAUCUCGCAACUUUUCGCAUAAAGUGUCGGACCGGUCGGACCCUAUAUCAUUUCGCAGCUUUUGGUACCAUGUGCCGGGCCGGUCGGACCCUAUAUCACUUCGCAGCUUUUGGCAUCAAGUGUCAGGCCGAUCGAAACCUGUAUCACUUUGCGGCUUUUGCCAACAAGUGUCAGGCUGGUCAGACCCUAUAUCACUUCGCGGCUUUUGGCAUCAAGUGCCUUGUCGGACCCUAUCACUUUGCGGCUUUUGGCAUCAAGUUCGGCCCGGUCGGACCCUAUCACUUUGCAGCUUUUGUUAUCAAGUGUCGGGCCGGUCGGAUCCUCAUAUCAUAGAGUACACAACAACGCCUUUAAAUUUAAUUAAGGUGAUUAGACAAUUCUUUAGUUAGUCAUAGAACAAGUAGCAUGCAAUAUCAUCAAUCAUUUAACACAUAUCUAUUCUCGUCUUCAUAACAUUCACAUAAUCAAAUUCACCAUUCCAUAUAAGCACAUAUCGCCUUACAGGCUUUCUAGUAAUCAUUGGAUAACCCUUCAGGUCGUACAUUAUUCCCCCAUCGCCUCAUAGGCUUUUCAGUACUAUAAUAUCACAUUUUAUGCCAUUUCAUGUCACAUACACAUUUCAUUUCCCAUUCAUAAUCAUCAUCUAUCAUGUUUCACACAUAUCAUCACAUAGGCAUACACACAUCACAUUCACCCAUCAUUCAUCACAUAUCAUUUCAUUCACACACAUAUACUCAUAACCAUCUAUCAAUCUCACAUUUCAUGUUGCAUAUUCGGGUCGCGCGCUUCAUGACCCAAAUACUAUAUUUGUAUCAUACAAUUAAUAAGUCAGAGUUUAUUCACUAUUUGCUAAUCCGCAACUUUGAGGAUUUCCCAGAUAGCUCACUCGGUGGCAAUUAGGAUCCAAAUCCAUGAAUCCAAUCCAUCCACCAAAUUAUCCACCUAAUCCAAUCCAUUUAAAUCCAAUCCAUUUGAUCAAAAUCCAAUUGGAUUGGUGGAUUCAUGGAUCAAUCCAUGGAUCCAAAUGGCAAAUUACGAUUGGUACUUAUAUUUUUAUAUUUUACAUUUUGGUACCUAAAAUUUAUAUUUUUAUACAAAAAUAUCAUUGGAAAAUUACGUUUUGGUACCUAAAAUUUUCAUUACGACAUUUUAGUACCAAAACUUUUCAAAUUUUACAUUUUGGUCCAAGCCUUUGAUGUCAUUUGGAUUCAUGGAUCAAUCCACCUAUCCAUUAGAUCCAAUCCAUUUGAUCCAUGUAUCCACCAAUCCAAUCCACGAAUUCGAUCCAAUUGCCACCUCUACUCACUCUCGGAACCUUAUAAUCCCUUUUUGGGUAUCACCACGGAGGGAAAAACCCAAGUUAGCUCUUUUGGUCUUCUGGUCUCCAGAGAACUCAAGAACUCCUUGCUCUCCUCUUAACCCUAGAGUUAAAUCUAAUCCAUUCACAAGCCUACCACUACACGUGUGUUGCUAUGUGGCAAGGAGUCACUUUAUGGCUUAACAAAUUGAAGGGGAAAUUGACAAAGGGAGUAAAUAUGCCCAUGUUGCUCUGUAGUCCUUAGGAAUCCCCUAAGUCAAACUAGUUUAGGUUGGAUGAUUUAGUUGAAUGUAAAUAUGGGUAGGUGGGGUGGCAAAAAUCAUUAUCUUGUUAGGUGGUUUAUAAUCAAACUUAAUAUGAUACUCCAUUCCCCCUAUUCGUAUCGAUUAUUGUAAACAUCAUGCAAGGUAAAUCUAUCUUAUUUAAACAUCUUGAUACUUAAAUAAUGUGUUUUCAAUUAACCAUGUCAUUCAUAUGUAAAUCUUUAUAAUAAGAAUAGACAUACAUGUGACAAUUUGAUUACGAGGGAAAUAUGAUCACAAGGGAGGCCAUUAUCUAGCUUAGAAAUUAUUUCUAAGAUUACCAACAUUGCAUACCUCUUAAAUUUAAGUACGUAAGAUAUUACCUAGUGUUCUGUUAACAAUUUUCUUAAAUGGCACUCUAAGUCUCUAACUAAUCAAUACUUGUAAUCUCAUGUCCAAAACAUGAUACUAAUGAUACGUAUAUUACGCUCCACAUGUAGGAGGGUUGUGACAAAUUCAACAAAUAAAUUUUGGAGAGAGAUUAGAGUAGCUAAACAAAAAGGCAAUCUCCAUUCGGACAAAUAUUAUUGUUGUUCAAGUUGUAGAUUAAAAAAAAAAAAUGAAAACUACUUCUUACUUUAUGGGUUUGUGCGUAUAUGGAAAAACAUUUAUUUGUAAGAUUAUUUGUUUCAAACUAAGUCUGAUAACAAAAUACUGUUUUGCUU